UACUUUGUAGAAACAUUCUAUUCCAGUCUAAGUCUGAUGGAGAUUUUAAUAAUAUGGGAGUCGGGACCCGAAGGUGGAGCUUCCUUUUUUCUUCGGAUUUAUGGAUAAAAUCUAGUAAUUUGCACUAUAAUUUAGCAUAAACUAUUUAUGUCAACCAGGUGUCAGUCCUUUGGCGUUUGUUCAACUCAUCUGAGACUUAUACGAGUAAGGUCGAGUACCAUGGAAACAUCCACGGUUCGGACCGCAUCCCUACCCAAUAUUCAUACCAUGAUAACAGACCAAGUGUACAUACCAAGGAACAUACAUACAACCAUCCACCGGAGCGUCCACGAUAGCCUCGCUCACUCACCAAGGCCGAUUUAUCUUUCCUUGCCGCUAUUACGGAGUGCGCUAAUGUUGGUACAUACCUAUAUAGCAUUAUCCGGGUCGUCUGGAGUACGCCAUCCAUAUCCAUAUGUCUUACUGUCUAUCCACUUUACGGCAUCAACGCGCAACCGAAGUCUUCUUAUUGAUCCUUACCCUCCGAAAGUUACACCACACCGCACCACCCCACCGCACCACACCACUGACAAAAAUGCAGCCGAUUCAUGGCGACCUUAUGAUCCGCUUAAUCGGUUAAGGCCUACUGGGAGCCGGUAGCCUGGUAGGAUAGGUAAUUCUUUCUCUUGCAGAAGAGCGAAUAAAUAGUCUUGCUAUUCUCAUAGGGAUAAAGCCUCCACAAGAGAAUAUAUCGUGCCUAUGAUACUAUACUAUACUCUACACAUGAUCCGAAUAUCUCCGGGCACAAACAAGAAAAGGAAAAAAAAAAAAGCAUGCUUUAAUUCUGCACCGAAAGUGCUCUGUAUACCUG